GUCGGCCCUUUCCUGGCCAAGACCCUGGCUUUUUGCAUUUCACAAUGUCAACCGGAUGACAAACGGACCAACUCGAAACACCAAAGGCAAGAGGUCUCGAGACUGGGGCGAAACUGUCUCUUUCGUUUCACUCGAUGGCAGGCUAUUGUGAUGAGUCGACGGGAGUCGGUACUACGACCCUGAGCCUCUAUUUCUGGCGCGGUCUCAACAAAAAGCAUCCAAGGCGGACGGAGGAUGGCCGGUCUGCCUGACCUCUUCAUUGUUGAGCAUUUCACGAAGCAAAAUUCUUGCAGUCUUUCGUUAGGACAACCUUCUCAAUUUGAUAUCUUUUUGGUGCCGGCGCCUAUCUCCGAACGUCAUAUGCGUCUGAGGUCUGGCGCCGUGAGCUAAAAGUCAACGAAUGGACUCCUCCGAACCCUCCACAUCCCGGUGCUUCUGUCGGCCAAAAAACGAAGCUACCCCGCCGUGUCCGCAGAAGAUUCGGGAAGGUUUGCGGUCCGGAAGCUCUGAACACCGCCAUUGCCCAAGCCUCCGUCGACCGGCCUGGACGGAGCAACUGCCGAUAGCAUAUAAAUGCCGUCCCCGGCCACGUUCGGUGGAAUACAAGCUAUCACGGAUCGAACGGCCCAGCUCAAGUUGCUCAACGCGUGCUCCAGUCUCUGGCGUUUUGCCGUAUGGAUCCUUGAUCAAUGGAGCCAAACUCCGUCAUCAGGCUCCUCCGUGGGGGAUUCUGUUAUCAAUGGCAAUUUCACCCCACGCUGACGACUUUUUGUUCUUUUUCAUAAACUGUUGCGAAUCGAGGUUCAAUGCAUCCCAACCACUCUGGUCAGAUACCCGGCUAAGACUCUUAAUCCACGGCAUCCAACAGACAUAUAAUUCUUGUGCAUUUGCUUCUUUUCAUCCGGUUCUCUCAGGUCUGACCCUGCAUGACAUUGACAUUGACAUUGACACAAUGGCAUUGGAAUGCAAAGAUUCCAGGACAGGCAUAAUCGUGCGGAUUCUGUAGGGUUAAACGUCUGCCAGUUGCGUUUGACUGUAUGUACAAUACAGCCCUGGUUUGUUUGUUAGUUUGGUACAAAAAAGCUAGAGCUUACUAGACUUGGGAAAGCUGCCGAGAUUCUCACGGAUAGAUGCUGUGAACUGGUAUCUUGAAGCUCUGAAGAGGACGGAAAGAUACUUUUGUGGCGUUG